AUGGAUUCGCCAGAGAAGACGCAAGCACAGCAGUAUGAGGCGGCAGGGACCACAUUACGGACCAUGGACCCUCAACGGCGGGUCGAGGUCGAGAAGAGCAUGAAGCGCAAACUCGAUGCGCGAUGCUCCUUGUUCAUCCUCCUCUACAUCAUGAACUACCUCGACCGCAACAACAUCGCGUCGGCCCGCCUCAAGGGCCUGCAGAGCGACCUGAACCUCUCGUACAACCAAUACGCGACCUGCCUCAGCAUUCUGUACGUCGGCUACAUCCUGAUGCAGGUCCCUUCGAACAUGGCGAUCAACCUCGUCUCGCGGCCCUCCUGGUACAUCGCGGCCUCGAUGCUGCUCUGGGGGUUGAUCUCCACCCUGUCCGGGAUUGUGACGAACUUCGCGGGCAUGGUCGUCAUCCGGUUCUUUCUCGGUUUCAUCGAGGCGGCCUUCCUUCCUGGUGCCCUGCUCAUCCUGUCCAAAUGGUACACGCGUCGCGAGCUCACUACGCGGAACGCGCUGCUGUUCUGCGGCAACCUCAUCUCCAAUGCAUUCUCCGCCCUGGUCGGAGCCGGCGUGCUCUCCAACAUGCAGGGCACCCUCGGCCACGCCGCGUGGCGCUGGCUGUUCUGGAUCGAGGGUGCUGCGACUAUGUUCAUUGCCAUCACGGCCGCUUUCAUCCUCCCCGAUCUGCCGCACAACUCGCGCGGCUUCACCGAGGAGGAGCGCUACGUGGCGCAGCUGCGCAUGACUGAGGAUGUCGGUGAGGCCGACAGCGACGAAGGCCAAGGCAUCUUCCACGGCCUGCGUAUGGCGCUCCAGGACGGCAAGGUGUACCUGAUGAUGUUCACCCUCACGGCCUAUGUCGUCGGUCUCUCCUUCAAUGCCUUCUUCCCAACCCUGACCGGCACGCUCGGCUUUAGCUACGUCCCGACGCUGCUCAUGAGUGCGCCUCCAUGGGCGUUUGCCUGCUUGGUCUCGUUGGUCAACGCGUGGCACUCGGAUCGUACGCAAGAGAAGUUCUGGCACAUCACCGGCCCCAUCUGCCUCGGCCUGAUCGGCUUCAUCAUCAGCAUGUCGACGCUCAACGUCGCCGCGCGCUACGUGGCGCUCUUCCUGCAAGCGAGCAGCUACGCCGGCUUCAUCGUGUUCUACUCUUGGAUCUCAUCCUCGUUCCCGCGGCCGCCGGCCAAGCGCGCCGUGGCCAUCGCCAUGAUCAACGCCUUCAGCCAGCUCGGCAACGUCGCGGGGUCGUACGUCUGGAAUCUGACGGAGAACGGCUACCGAAAGAGCUACGGCAUCGUCACGGCCAUGUUCGGCAUCACCAUCGUCGGGUGUCUGGCCUUCAAGCUGGUGCUGGUGCGGGCGAAUCGCAAGUUGGAAGCGGAGGAAAGCGCCGGUGGUGGGGCUGCGCUGCCGGCGGCGAGCGACGCGAUCGAUCCCGAGACGCAGAAUAAGGGCUUUAGAUAUUUGGUAUGAUGUAUGAACAUGGAUUUAAAGUGGGUAUAUAGGAAACGGUUAAGAAAUGUUUGAUCCGUAGUCUCGGGGUCUUGCCACA